GCGGCGGCGGCAGUGGCGGUGGCGGUUGCAGCUCGGAGCCGUUGAGACGCCUCUGCGGCAGCUGGUGGCGCAGGUGGCCGGCGUGGACGUGGGCAGAGGCGGCCAGCGCGCCCCGCAGCCCCAGCGUCGCCGCCCGGCAGGCGCGUCGGGACACCCCGAGGCAUCCUCCCCCGCCCGCGGGCCCGCCAGGCGCAGCUCGUGUCCGCGCUCGCUCGCUCGCAUCUUCCCGAUCGCGGCUGCGCUGCUCCCCCUUCUGGUCUUGGGACUCCCGGCGUCGCCCCUCCAACAUGACUCGCGAUUUCAAACCUGGAGACCUCAUCUUCGCCAAGAUGAAAGGUUAUCCUCAUUGGCCAGCUCGAGUAGAUGAAGUUCCUGAUGGAGCAGUGAAACCACCCACAAACAAACUACCCAUUUUCUUUUUUGGAACCCAUGAGACUGCUUUUUUAGGACCAAAGGACAUCUUUCCUUACUCAGAAAAUAAGGAAAAGUAUGGCAAACCAAAUAAACGAAAAGGUUUUAAUGAAGGAUUAUGGGAGAUAGAUAACAAUCCAAAGGUGAAAUUUUCAAGUCAACAGGCAUCAACUAAACAGUCAAAUGCAUCAUCUGAUGUUGAAGUUGAAGAAAAAGAAACUAGUGUUUCAAAGGAAGAUACUGAUCAUGAAGAAAAAGCCAGCAAUGAAGAUGUGACUAAAGCAGUUGACAUAACCACUCCAAAAGCUGCCAGGCGAGGAAGAAAGAGAAAGGCUGAAAAACAAGUGGAAACUGAAGAAGCAGGAAUGGUGGCUGCAGCAACAGCUUCUGCUAACUUGAAAGCAAGUCCUAAGAGAGGACGACCUGCAGCUACUGAAGUCAAGAUUCCAAAACCAAGAGGCAGACCUAAAGUGGUAAAACAGCCUUGUGCUUCAGAGAGUGACCUGGUUAUUGAUGAAGACAAAGGGAAAAAAAAGGGGCCAGAGGAAAAACAACCUAAAAAGCAGCUUAAAAAGGAUGAAGAAGGUCAAAAGGAAGAGGAUAAGCCAAGAAAAGAACCAGAUAAGAAAGAGGGGAAGAAAGAAGUGGACUCUAAACGGAAAAAUUUAGCUAAACCAGGGGUUACAUCAACCUCUGAUUCCGAAGAGGAAGAUGAUCAAGAAGGUGAAAAGAAGAGGAAGGGUGGAAGAAACUUCCAGAGUGCUCACAGGAGGAACAUGCUGAAAGGCCAACAUGAGAAAGAAGCUGCAGAACGGAAACGCAAGCAAGAGGAACAAAUGGAAACUGAGCAGCAGAAUAAAGAUGAAGGAAAGAAGCCAGAAGUUAAGAAAGUGGAGAAGAAGCGAGAAACAUCAAUGGAUUCUCGACUUCAAAGGAUACAUGCUGAAAUUAAAAAUUCACUCAAAAUUGAUAAUCUAGAUGUGAACAGAUGCAUUGAGGCACUGGAUGAACUUGCUUCACUUCAGGUAACAAUGCAACAAGCUCAGAAACACACAGAGAUGAUCACAACCCUGAAGAAAAUACGGCGGUUCAAAGUUAGUCAAGUUAUCAUGGAAAAGUCCACAAUGUUAUAUAACAAGUUUAAGAAUAUGUUUUUGGUUGGUGAAGGGGAUUCGGUCAUCACCCAAGUGCUGAACAAAUCUCUUGCUGAACAAAGACAGCAUGAGGAAGCAAAUAAAACCAAAGACCAAGGAAAGAAAGGGCCAAACAAAAAGCUAGAAAAAGAACAAACCGGUUCAAAGACCUUAAAUGGAGGAUCUGACACUCAAGACAGUAGUCAUCCACAACACAAUGGUGACAGUAACGAAGACAGCAAAGACAGCCAUGAGGCCAGCAGUAAGAAAAAGUCCCCUGGAGAAGAGAGAGAGGCCGAACUAUCUCUGAAGGAGUCACCACUUGAUAACUAAGUUGGCAGACGUGGGGUGUAAAGAUGAUGUGAAGUCUGUUGUGAGUGGCUUCAUUUGAAAUCCUUAGGCUGCUGAAAGGGUUAAAUUUUUAUAAGCAUAGGUUUUGAUGUUUAAGUAGUUUGGGGGAAGAAAAUCCCUUUAUGUUUGUGUAAAAGUAAAACUUAUUGCUUAUUUUCCGUGUGCAGUAUUAACAGCUCCAUCAUCUAGUUCAAAUGUGAGGGAAACCUACUUAGAAAGGUUCACCCGCUUUAUAGACAUGACUAGUGUAUUACAGUUAGAGAGUGUGUGUCCAUGUGGUAGUAGGCCAGUUACAUUUUAAAACUGCUCCUUGUGUAAAUUGUUCCUCUUCUCCCAAGUACCGUGGGUUUUGUGCAUAGUUUUUACAAAUCUUGGAUUUACCAGACUGUCUUUUCACUGUUUGUGGGUUUUUUAGAAGUGGAGCAUUUUUAUGGUUGAUAAAAUGAAUGUGACUUCUAAGCACUCACUCCUUUUUAUCAGAAGUUAACUUUAACCUCAAUCUAUUGUGUGCUGCAUUAGCUUGCUUCUUUCUAAUAAUGUGUAGUCUGUAUGACAACUAGAUGUCCAACUGAUUGUUUUAGAAGGUACAAAUUUCUUAACUUUGGCAAGUCAUUUAGUUUUAGGGCUGGGAAUUCAGUGGAGUCAGUACUAAAGAGAACAGACUGAGUAUAUAUAUAUAUAUAUA